CUCCUCUGCCUCUUGGUUCUCUUCUCUUCUCUGUGUGCGCACAAUCUUCCACAAAACCUCAGACGCUCCCCACCCACCGUCCGUAUCUGCUGCCCAUAGUCCAUUUGCCCAACAGCAUCACCCUGUGCCUCCUCUGUUCUCCGUCUUGUUCUUGCCCGAGAGCAACCGUAGAUCAGUCCAGACAAACCAUCAAAAAGGCCAUAGAUCAGUCCAGACAAACCAGCAAGCCUCUGAAGAUCUCCUCUUGCUGCAAGAAUCCAAGAGAGGGGAGUUUUGCUAGAACAAGUUCGUCGCCUGCCUUGCCUUGCCAGCCAGCCUCUGCGUCGUUGCAGCUCUGCGAUUAGAGCUAUUGGCUCAGGCUGCGGGCUGCCUGGAUCCUGGAUGGGCAGGCCUAGAGGUGGGAAGGCCAAGGAAUCGAUGGAAGCUGCGAAGAACGAGGACGCGGGUAGCGCGGGUGAGGAGGUGAUCCCAGCCUACAAGAGGAGGGGACGGCCACAGAAGCUUUUCAAGCACGACGUCGAUGAGGAAGAGGAUGUCGCCAAGGUUGAAGACGACGGCGACGGCACAAAAGAAGAGAUUGCGCCACGCAGGGAGUCGACGGGCGCAGCUGGGAACGGAGGGAAGAAGAGGCGGCGACAGUCGAAGCGCGGCUCGGCGUCAGCGACGGAGGAGAAGGGCGGCGCGCCAGCGAGGGCACCGACCGGAUUCCGGCAGAAUGGGAGCCGGCGGAAGAACACCCCGCGGAGAGCUGCGGAGGCGGGGGUGGAGAGCAAGUGAGGCUCUGAAGACUGAAGAAGUGUGUGACGUAAUGAGGAACUGCAAAUGUGACGUAACGAGGAACUGCAUAAUUGCAGUAGGUUGUUAUGUACUAGCUUGAAAAUUGCACUAUUAGUGGUAGCUUUUAGGUUUAUGAGUUACUGUGACAUUAUGGAUUUUAGGGGUUUAUGUCAGUUAAUUCUAUGGACAGUGCUAGUGACUGGCAUAUGGAUUAAAACUUUCUGAGAGAAACUCCAUUUACAGUGCACUAA